CAACAAAACCAAAACUUGAAAGCUCAGGCAGCUCAAAGCAAAAUUCAGUCUUUAGUCUCAACAUUAACAAAGAUUAAAAUGAAAUCCCUGCUUCAGAGACUGAUCGGUUGAUCCCCAAAACCAUCAAUAUAUAUAAAAAAAAAACUUUGGUUAUGGCUUUGUAUUUCAUGGCUACUUCACUUAAUCCAAAACCCUGUUCAAAUUCUAAUAUUAUUGUUGUUCCUCCAUUGCUUUACUCAAAACCCAAACACCGUUUCAAGCUCAUCUCUUCUUCUUCUUCUUGCGGUAAAGCUUUUGCUCAAUCUGAAGGAAAAGAAGGGGGAGUUAAAGAGGAAGACCCUCCCGCUUUCUCUGGUUCAUUGUCUUCCACACGCACACAGCUCGAUCUUUUGGACCAGCUAAGUUCAACGAGCUCCACUGCCGACGGGUAUGAGAGUGACGGUAGGUCUGGGAAACUCACGAUUCGUGAGCAGCUCGUGCGGUUAGUCGGUGAUAGAGACGAUGACUUUACUAUUCCAUUGGGCAAAAACUUGAAGAAGGUUAGUCCAAAGUUUUUAACCAUCUCACAGAAGAGAAAUAUCAGGAGACAGGCAUAUUUGAAUGAAGUUUCUCAGAGAAAUGAUUCGGUUUUCUUUGCAACGAUCGGAGCAUUCGUGCUUGUUCCGCCGCUUGUAAUAUUAGGGAUUGCUAUAUUAACAGGUUAUGUCCAGCUUUUUCCUUGAUAUGCAUACACAUUCUCAAAGUAAAUAGAAAUAUCGAGGUUAGACAGACCCGAACUUAUGUUCAGCUUGUUAUUGCCGUUUCUUUUCGCUUUCGUUAUUGCAUGAUCGGUUUACUCCCGAAA